CCCAAGUCCGAACCUCAAAAGAAUUUGCAUUCUCUCCAACAAGUUCAAACAUGAAGAACCAACGUCCACUUUCCCUCCUCUCCACCCUCUUCUCCGCCUUACUCCUCCACCUCUGCCCAACCGCCACCGUCGGAUACUACUACAAUACCGCCGCCACCACCACCUUUACCGAUGCCACCACCGACACCAAUUUCAUCCGUACAAGCUGCGAAACAACUCUCUACCCUGAUCUUUGUUACACCUCCCUCUCCGGCUACGCCAACGCUGUCCAACAAGACCCCGCUCGGUUGGCUCGAGUAGCCAUCGGAGUCAGCCUCUCCAAAGCCCGCCACAUGUCCGCCUACGUCGCCAACCUCACCCGCCGAGCCGACUACGGAGACCAGCCUCGAGCUGCAGCUGCUCUCCACGACUGUUUCUCUGUAUUCGGCGACGCCGUGGACCAAAUUCGCGGUUCGCUUAAGCAGAUGCGCCAGCUCGGAGGCUCCGGCGAGUCGCUGAGGUUUCAAAUGAGUAACGUUCAGACUUGGAUGAGUGCAGCUUUAACCAAUGAGGACACCUGUACGGACGGAUUUGACGAUGUGCCUGAUGGGUCCCUGAAAUCAGACGUCUGUGAUAGGGUUGUGAGAGUGAGGGAGGUGACCAGUAAUGCACUUGCUUUGGUUAAUAGUUUCGUGGCUAAAGUGACAACCCCGUGAUGAGUUGUUAAAAUUAUGAGACAAAAGUAGGUCAAUUAGGUUAAUCUCUGUGCUGUUAUAGAUAAUGAAAACUGUCAUUAGUUGUUAAGUGACUGUAUAUGGUUUUUCAUUUUUAUUUUUAUUUUUUUUUUCUUUUGUAUUGUCUUUUGUGCUCGCUCAUUCUCUGAUCAAUGAAAGAAAGAAAAUGAAGGUGAAAAAGGGUUGUUGUAAGAAGUUUUUCUUUCAUCGAAAUUGCGAGAUCUUCAAGACUAUAAUUAGUGCAAG